AUGUAUGAUUUCUUACCUGGAGGUCAUGCAAAGGAAGCAGGCACUUGGGUUCGAGCAAAGCCCGGGUUAGGUAACCUGGAUGAUCCCGUAAAUGUGUUCCGAACUCCACCUCUUCCUGGAAAAAAGAUAGAAUUCUCUGUUGCUACUGCAGUCAUUCCAGAUAUCCCAGCCUCUGAGAUGGUCGCUAUCAUCAUGCAUGUGAACAAUAAGUGGUCUAAGUCAUUGUUUCCCUUAGUCAAACAUGGAGAGGAGUAUAGAGUAAUUGGCAGUCUCCGGGAUUUAAGCAUGACUGAUGCAACCAUCCGGGGCGCAAUAGAGGUGCAUGCAGAGAUUCAACUACCAUCAACAUUGGUGCCGACUAGAUAUUUCGAGUUUUUGCGAUAUGUUAAAGAGAUAAUGGAUGGUGUUUACAUAAUUAUUGAUUUCACAAGCCGUUAUUUUGGUGAUCCUCAUGCUAAGUGUAAUAGUGUAAAGAGACCAUCAGGGGUAAUAAUCAGGGAGCAUGGACCUAAAGAUUGUGAGGUUUGA